GCCUAUCUAGGUAUAUUUCCUUGUAGCAAGACUAGGCGCUCUUCUUACUCUCUUCGGUACCGUUGUCCCUCUUCAAGGCCAUUGCCUUCCGAACUUCCCAUUCCCAGGCGGUCAAGUCACUAUUCUCGCCCUCACCAAUCAAUCUUUUCAUGCUUGCAUCGCGUUCUGGCCUUACCAAGAUGGCUAAACUGUACCUAUCAACGAAACGCUGCAACCCAGGUGCAUGGUUGAUACGAUGCACAUUACUACGUAGUAGUCCACCUGUCCAUUGAACCAUCGCAUCGCCUAGAUUGACAAUUAAGCAACCCGGUCGCGGGUGUACCCAAAGCCAGGCAGUCUCGUCCGCCGCGUCUCUUCCCGGGGAGAGAAUCUGCAGCCCGCCUAGUACAUUGGCGAGUAAGGUGACGGUGCCAAAGUCUGUAUGGUGGAUCAUGCUUGUGCGGAGAUCUCCAAGAUCUAAACUCGCGAAUGCUUUGAUAAACCCCCCAGCUUCACGACUUACUAUUCGGCAAUGGCUUCAGAUAUUGAGUACAUUUAUAAUUUUUUUCAAUACUUGGGGACUCCUUCUUACCUGCGGUGUCUUUCAAACGUAUUACGAGCAAUCCCUUCUCCAAGGCCAGCCUAGCUCAACCAUAUCUUGGAUCUCGACAACCUGUGCCUUCAUUACCCUGUCUGGGGGAAUCAUCACAGGUCCGCUCUACGAUUAUGGACUGUAUCGGUUGCUGGUGUUGUCUGGUAGUCUCUUGCAGGUCUUCGGCCUUAUGAUGCUAAGCCUCUCCACCAAAUACUAUCAGCUUUUCUUGUCCCAGGCCAUUUGCGUUGGCCUUGGCGCUGGUAUUGCGUUCACGCCGAGCGUAGCAGCAGCAUCAGCAUGCUUACCAAAUCUUGCCUCAAGAGCUAGGGCCAUGGGCCUCAUGGCAUGUGGCAGCAGCAUUGGCGGCAUUAUUUACCCUAUCAUGUUCCGCUACCUUGUACCCCAGAUAGGAUUCGCCUGGACUAUUCGAACCAUCGGUUUUGUUAUGCUAGCACUAUAUUUGAUCUCGUAUCUCAUCCUAGUCGGCCACCAGCAAAAGCCGACUACAGUCCGGCGCUUGUUUGAUGUGUCCGCGUUCACCGACUUGCCUUACAUGAUGCUUUGCGUGGCAUCGUUGCUUAGUGCUACGGCGUAUUACAUUCCGCUGCUAUACUUGCCGUUAUUAACCGAGAUCAGGAUCCCUUCCAUCAGUUCGAACUUAGCCCUUAACCUUCUUGCUAUAGUGAAUGGGGCAUCUGCAGUUGGUCGAAUUAUAGCAGGUAUAGCUGGUGCAGUCUUCGGGCCCACCGAAACCAUCGCCGUCUCACUUGUCCUUGGCUCUAUCUUGCUACUCUGCUGGAUCGCGGUCGAUACAAUCGCGGGAACUAUCGUCUGGUCCAUUUUCUGGGGUAUGGUAUCCGGGUUUCUAGUAGCACUACCGGGCGCGUUCCUACCUCUUUUCUGCCCUUCUUUGGCUGUGAUCGGUGCUCGGUCGGGUAUGUAUUGGAUUUGGGUUGGCUUAGGAAUGUUGAUUGGCAGCCCGAUCGCAGGGGGAAUUUAUGACCUAAGGUCUGGCUCGAGGGAUUGGUGGCGCCUGCAAGUUUUUGCUGGAGUCUUCAUGAUGGGGGCUGCAAUAUUGACGAUAUAUCCAAUCAUUCACUUACGUAGGAAAGCAUAA